AUGUCCGACGGUCUUAUUUUUCGGUGCCAGCUGGGAAUCGGCAAGAUAUCCAUGGUAAUCAUCAGAAUGAACUCUUCUGCAUAUCGUUGGAACGGGCACGGACUGCUAGGGAACCAAGGCCAGACCUCUAUGGCGGGAGGCUACGGCUCUGUCUAUCGAGGACAGACUACGACACGCGCGAGGACUACCGACUACGAGCCAGGACUCCUGCCACCGCGCCAGGACCCCUGCCACUCCCGUCCUGUACUGCCAGAGCGCCCCGCUCCAUCGUCUAUUCCCUCUGGCGAUAUCCUUGUCAAUCGUCAGGAAGUAGCUGGUUGUAAGAUGUAUGCUGAGAUUGUACUCGGAGCUGAGAAUGUUAUAUACCAAGAAGACAUGCAGGUGCGCCAAAUUCGUGAUAAUCAAAUUCAAGUUAAACCGAGCCAGUGGGUUGUAGCGAUCCAGCAGGAAGGACGAUCAGUAGAUUAUCGAUUAUUAUUGCAUAGAAUCAAAUAUUGGUCACUACUGAGCGCUGAGCAUUCUUGGAGCCUCGACAUGGCCAUUUCUGAGCGGAACGCAAGGAUGCUCGUCAACGCAAGUCAGAAAUGCUAUUUUGCACAUCAGUAUCUGCCAGUCCCAUCAACAUUGAUAGUACCGGAAAGUGUCCUGCAUUCUGCGCAUACCAAACUUGCUGCGAUGGGCAGACAUGUAAGGUUGAUGACGCUACACUGGGCCCAUAUUGAACUACGUCUCGUCAUGCGUUUGAACAUUGGCACCACGACUCCGAAUCCUCCCCUCAUAGGCGCUGCAUUGGCCCACUGGGAUGUAUCACGGCCCCACUAG